CCGAGUCGGCAACCGGGACGGACGUGUGCCGUGAACGUUCAAAAUUAUUUACGUUAUUUCGUUAGUGCAGUGCGAGCGAGUGGUUUUGGAAAAUAUUGAAUCAAAACACCAUGGACGACUGACCGUUAGCAAAAGUGUUGUUAUAUGAAGAUAUUAGUGUCCAAAUAAAACUAAGUGUCAUCAUCUGUGUGUUCAAAAUGGAGUUCAGGUCUCACUUCCUAGCGUCUGCAGCGUUUCUUAUCAUUGCUGCAUCCUGGUGUGAUGGAGCAAGAGACGCGUCCUGCCCCCGAAUCUGUGGCCCGACGCUGCAAGGAGAGCCCGUAUGCGCCACAGACGGAUAUAUCUACCCUUCACUUUGCGAAAUGAGAAAGAAAACUUGCGGAAAGGGUGUGAGGUUAGCCCAAGAUCAAGGCACCUGCUCCCGUGCACAGGGCUCGAAAUGUGAACAUCGUUGCACGGGUGAACGGGAUCCCGUCUGCGGAACCAAUGGACGCACGUACCUUAAUAGGUGUAUGCUGCAAGUUGAAAUAUGCAGAGUUGGCAUCGGUUUAUCUCAUUUGGGAGCUUGUAACAACAUCAGCGCACACAGAGAGAACUGCCCAGUCGACUGCUCUCAGGCACCAUUUGAUGGACCCAUAUGUGGAUCUGAUGGAAAUGUUUACAAGAGCACUUGUCAAAUGAAAUUGCUUACUUGCGGGCAAGGCGUAGUAAGAACAAGUAAGAAACAUUGUCAAACUACACGUCACUGUCGCGAAUCUUGCUGGAGAGCAUCUCGACCAACCUGCGGUUCCGAUGGGAAGCUAUACGCGAAUGCUUGUAGAAUGAAGGCAACUAACUGUGGCAAACACGUCUUCGAAGUACCAAUGGCAUUUUGUGUAUCCCAAGAACGCACUUCAGGGGGUGAUUCCUGUCCUACCGAUUGUUCUGGCCAGAAGGAGAAGCUGGUCUGUGGAUCUGAUGAAAACAUUUAUAGGAACGACUGUGAGAUGAAAAUGCUUAAUUGUGGAGUUAGCAACAGGAAGAUAGUGAAGAAGGUCGACAUGGAAAAAUGUAAGUCGAAGAUGAGUAAGUGCCUCAAAGUGAAGUGUCCCAGUGAAUUCGACCCGGUUUGCGGUACUGAUGCCAACGUGUACACCAACCCUUGCCUCUUGAAGGUCGCUACUUGCCUUAAAGGAGUCCAGCUCGCGCACUUUGGUAACUGCACAUUGCUGCCUCGAAUGGAGACUGAUUGUCCUGAAAACUGUGAUAACGCUCUGGAACAACCUCUCUGUGGAUCCGAUGGGAAUGUUUACAAAUCUGAAUGCGAACUUCGUAAACUUACGUGUGGUCAACACGUUGUCUCAGUUUCUGCAGCACACUGCAGGACAACAGCACUCUGUCACGAAGAGUGUCCAGACACUCCGGCUUUUGUAUGCGGUUCCGAUAACAGAUUCUACAAAAAUGAAUGUAUAAUGAAGAAGGAAAAUUGUGGGAAGCACGUCUUCGUGGUACCACUCAAGCGCUGUCUCUCGCGCUUCCAGUACUCGGGUUGUGCACGUGUGUGCCCUCCGGAGUACGAUCCCGUCUGUGGUACCGAUGACAAGACUUACUCCAACCGUUGCUUCUUGGAGAUGGAGAAUUGCCGAUCACGAAGUCUCGUCCAGCAGAAGCAUUUGGGAACUUGCACGCAUCCGAUCGCAGAGGAACCGAAAAACUAUCUUUAUCGAUAAAUUACAUCCUUAACUCAUAAUAGUUAAAGUCAUAUCAACAUAUUUCGCUUUCACAUAUCGAUGCAUUUUGGACUACGCGUCCACUUUAAAAUUAGUGCCAACAUAAAUAAAAUAAGCUAUCUUUACUUGAGUAGAGACCAAUGUAAAUUGUCUUCCAUUUUCGAUUGUUUGUCAUUUUUAUAUCGGUGUAUGUCAGUACAAAUGUAUUCAAAAUGGCGGCUUAGCGUCACAAAAUGGCGCCAAUCGGAAUUUUAUAAAGUGAUAUUUAAGUGUGGAAUUGAGUAGGUUGAAUGAAAUAGUUUAAUAUUUUUUCAAUGCUUUGGUUAUUUAUAUAUUUUGUAGAUUAAUAUUUAACCAUUACGCCUGUGGUUUUCUAUACAGCAAAAACAUGUCAGUAAUUGCAUUUAUAAAUAAUGUUAGCCCUAAUUUGCAUUUAGAUUAUUCGUUAUCUGUGCAUUUAAAAGCAAAAUUGUUACUCUAUUUUAGCAUUAUAUAAAGUAAGAUAGAUUUAGAAUCAUUUAAUAAGAUUUGACUGUUUAUAUUUAUUGCUUUAUUUAUUAUCUGAAUAGUUAGUGAGGUGUAAAUAAAAAUAGUGUUUGAAAUUCCGCCAUCUUAUUUUGAACUGAAACUGUCACAGAAAGAUAGAUAAACUACAAGAUUUACUUUUAAUUAUUUAUUUUUAAUAAGUUUAAAGCCGGCCAUUAUAUUAAAAUCAGUAUUACAAUGAUUUAUAUAAGACAAUGUAAUGGUUGGCGUGGUGUUUCACUUGCAAUUUAGAAAAUAAUCAUCGACGUUUAUAAUCGUUAUGAUUAUUUUCAUUACUCAAGAUAUAAUAUAAGGAUUUUCAAUAAAUAUUCCUCAUAUAUUUCCAAUCAUAUUCAAAUACUUGAUGUAUACUGUGUCUUAACA